AUGAAUUCAGUAGUAACCUAUUCCAUUUCUAGCACUAGUGCUAAGCAGAUCACUCUUGAUAUAAAUAAGACUACCAGUACCAAUGAUUCCGAUUACUCCAAGAAUGGUAAGUAUAGAACUUUCACCGCCAAACCUGGUAAGUCUUUUAAUAAGGUAGUUAAGAAAAAACUUUAUAUCUGGGAAUGUAAAAAUAAUGAUCAGGCUGUAAAGGUGGUACUAAUGGGUUCUGGCAAUAAUAAAAAGCACCUUCUCAUUCUUCUUAAGAGUAGUAACUUUGUAAUUCUAUACAAGACUGGUAGGAAUAAGCCAUGGACUAACAUCACCAGUAAGAGACAUGAUCCCACCAAUCUGAAAUUUUUCGACAUAGACAAGGAACUCACAUCGAGUGAUUAUGAAGUUACCAUAUAUGAGUUCUCAUACAGAUUUACAUUUAAAGCCGGAGUCAACUGUAAGAGGAUCAAUUACGGAGAUGUUGUUAUUUGGACCCAUACGGAUGACAAGUUUGAGUACAUAACUAAUUUUGAUCUUGAUCUCGUUAAAAACGAAUUCUUUGUAUUCGAUGACAAAAGGAAAUCUAGAAAGGUAAAUUAUGAAGGACCGAUCAUUUCAUCUGUUACUCCUCGUACUGCAUCUGCAAGCACUCCAUCUACUCCUAAAUACCAAUAUGCAUCCGCCACCAAAGUCACCCUUGAUAUCAGUAAGACUCAGUUUACCUGCUUUGAGUAUUCCUUAAAGAGUGGUGUUAUACGUACCUUCACUCCCAGGUCUAACUGUUUUAUCAUCAAGGUUACUCAUUGUACCACAGUGAUUUGGGAAUCAAAAACUGAUGUUUUUGGUAUCAGAGUCACAUAUGUAGAUGUUGUCAAAUACCUUUUUUUGCUCCUCGACAAUGAUAAGUUUCUAUUAUUCCAUCAGCCACCUGAUAGAAAUAAACCCUGGAUCGACAUCACCUAUACCAGAGUUAACCUUUCUAAGCUUAAGUUCUUUGCUGAGAAUGAUAUGGAACUAAAAUCUACCGAUUACUCAGUAAACCUUGUUAGUUACUCAUACAGUCUUGAGUUCAAUGCUGGAGUCAAGUGUCAGAAGGUGAAAUACGGCAAUGAAGAUGUUUGGACCAAUAGUGAUGACACUGACUUUGGAUAUAUUAAGUCAUUGUUGAUUGAUCUUGUUGCAAAUAAGUUUAGAGUGAAGAAUGAUUCUGGCCAACUUAAGAAACUUGACUUUAAGCCAUCAACUCCACGGCUUAUUCCCAUACCAGAACAACAAUAUCAACAAGCUCCACCUCAAUCUCGACCUACCCCUACGUAUCCAAGGCCUCCAAUACCAGCUCGACCACCUUAUCCAAGUCAUCAAUUACCAGUACAACCGCAGCCUAUUCAUCCAGGGCCUCAAUUAUCUGUUCGUCAACCUGUACGGCCACCAGCUUAUUCUGAAAUUCAGUAUGAUACUCCUGAAACACCUAGUUAUCCACCACCACCUUAUUCCGAAAGUCAACAUGAUACUCCUGAAACACCUAGUUAUCCACCACCACCUUAUUCCGAAAGUCAACAUGAUACUCCUGAACCACCUAGUUAUCCACCACCACCUUAUUCCGAAAGUCAGCAUGAGGCUCCUCAAUAA